AUGAAAGCAAGUGGAGUUCAACUGAAGAACAAUUACAGUUACCAUGUUACUCAUGUGCUCUAUUUUUUGACUGUGAUUCGGUUCAUACAGUUAGUGAUUGUUUACUUCACACCGUUUCAGUUUGAUACUUCUACAUCGAUACUGAUCGAACGAUAUGCGUCCACGCGUAAUAUUGUUACAUACCCCACAUUUGUGCUAAGGAUAUUUAAUAAAUUGAUGUCAUGGGAUUCUGUUUACUUUUUGAAACUAGCAAUGGAAGGCACCACCUUUGAACAUGAAUGGGUAUUUGGGCCACUCUGGUGGAGACUCAUGUAUUAUCCGAAAAAAUAUUUUGGUUUCUCACUCGGACUCUAUGAUGUACUUGCUUUGUUUAUUACUUUGAACACCAUAUUGACCGUUAUUACUAGCAAGAUAUUGUACAAGUUAACUAUGGAGGUUUUUCAAAAAAAUGAAAAGCAAUUACCUAGAAGUUUCAACAUUACAAAGUGCGCUUAUUAUUCAUCUUUUCUUCUAAUUAUUCAGCCUUCAGGUAUAUUUUCUGUGGUUGCAUAUGCUGAAACAUCAGUUCAGUUUCUUUGCUAUGCUGCUUUAUAUUGCUACUUUGUUUCACGGUCUAGAGUGGCAAUUCAGAACAAGGCUCUUUAUUUUCUAUCGGGAUCUUUAUUCUCAAUUGCGUUUGGGUUUCGAUCCAACUGUUUGUUAUAUGGAGCCAUGUAUCUUUUUGAUCUGAAACAAUUCAAUGGAUGGGUGGAUUUAUUUUGGGUAUUGUUCACUGGGAUGCAACUUUUCUGGGCUUUGCUGUAUUCAACCUAUGUGCCUUUUCAAUUCUAUUGUCCUGAUCGUGGGGGAUGGUGUAACAGUUACACGAAAUCACUUGUGUCUUAUGCACAAGCUCAUUACUGGAAAAAUGGUCUUUUCAUGUAUUUCACAGCUGGAAAUAUUCCCCUCUUCAUGAUUGCUGGCCCCCAAUUGGGCAUAAUAUUAUUUUCCACUUUGAAUUUUCGUAAAUGGAAAGGUGUGGCACCUGUUUUGAUUGUUAGUGUCAUUUACUUGACUGUACAAUUUUUUAUCAUGCAUGUGCAGAUAGUAAAUAGAGUCAGCACAUUUAUUCCAAUACAUCUAUGGUAUGUAAGCUACUUGCUUACUUUACAGAACAAUAGAUUAGGAAAAAAUAUCACAAGAUGGUGGAUUGUCUGGGUGUUCGUACAAACUGCACUAUAUUCUGCAUUUCUUCCGCCGGCAUGA